AUGGCUCAUUCACCAACUUUUCAUUCGAACAUUGCUACCGCUGAAGAUUUUGCUGACGUCCAGGACGUCGAAAUCGAGCUGCUUGAUAUGACGAACGCGACUCGAGAAGGCUCAGUCGAUUUUUCGGACGCUGUUUCCACAAGCAGUGGAGUUAAAUCAUCGUUAGAGUUUUCAGAUCUCGAAGAAACAGGGAGUGAAGAACCACAAGUCGUAGAAGCUGUAUCUCAUUCCUGGCGUCCUUCAGAUUUGACAGACUCAGAGAGUGACGAAGAUCAAAUCGUCGCGGAAACUAUAUCUCAGUCUUCGCAUCUUUCCCUCUCUCCCCAGAGCGUCUCUCUUCCAUUACCUUUAUCAUCACCAGCAGAAGGUUCUUACAGCGAGGUUUACGAUUCUGGUCAUGAUGAACUGGAUGAAGAACCGACCGAAUUGGAGACAAGUGUUCAUGUGCUAGAUGCAGAGCGUCAACGACACUGCGCUGCUAUCACUGAACUCGAGGACAGACACGCGAAAGACAUGAUUGAGCAUGCACUUGAAGUGCAGGAGCUGCGGAACCUGCAGGCUGCGAUGCAAGAAGAAAAUCGUGUUCAAUCCGCUCGAGAAAUUGUCCUACUGCAGGAAAAUGAGGAGCUGCAGGCGCGACUGAAGUCAAAUAACAAUGCCGCUAUUUCCAAAGAGAAGGAAUUCGAACAUCUUUCUCUUCAGAUGCUGGAUGCACAAAAAAGGAUCGCCGAUGCCGAGCGUGAUUAUGCUGAAAUUUUGGCAUCACGAGAAUCAUUUGCUGCUAAACUUGUGGACCGAGAUCGUGAAUUGGAGAAAGUCAAGGACGAAUUUGCUCAGGUGGUACAAUCUCUUAAAACUGCUCGUGACAUCGCAAUCACCGAAGCUACUCGUCUUCGACACGAGCUAGAGGGACUCACAGCCACUACAGCAGUGAAGCACGCUGAUUUUCUCAGUACCCAUAACGCUCUUCAAAUCAACUUGGAUAACACCCUUCAUGAGCUGGACACAGAGCGUAUACGAUUUGCGGAUGAGAUCCAUGCUUUAACGGAAUGCAGGGAUAGUCUCAGAGGUGACGUUGAACGAAUUCGCCACGAGCGGGAAGCACUCUCGAAUGAUUCCGAGCGUACUAUCAGUGCUCUUCGUAUCAAACUUCAGGCUGAAGCUCGUGAACGGCAGGCCGAGCAUGAUCAAGCCAUUUCCGUAGCAGCUCGUGCCCUUGAGGAAUUUCGUGUUUUUGAGCAUGCCAAGGACUCGACUCAAGCUGAAUGCCAAAAGCUGAAAGGAACGAUUUCUAUUCUUGAGGCCACUGUGCACGACAACGAAAAACAGUACAUUGUCGUGCAACGAAGUCUAGAAACCUCUCGUAAAUCAUUCGCGGAGGAAAUUAGCAUCCUACAGAAGGAACGAGAUACUCUGAAACUCAAUGUCGCGUUAUCAAAGCAACAAUUAGAGAAAGCCCAGACAGAGACUCUCCAUAACACAAGAGAAGCAGAGGAAAAAAUUGAAAUUCUGCGAUCAGAGAAGGAUGACCUUCUCAAAUCCAAGAACCGGGAAGUUGAAACGUGGAAGAGGGUGAUGCAGGCAAGGAUUGACACCAUUCAGACUGAGCGUAACGAGCUGAGUAGACGGGCAGAAGCAAGUGAUGUGAAGGUUAAUACCCUCAGCUCCGAGAAGGCUAAUCUGGAACGUGAAUUGGAAGAUUGUCGCGUCCGACACUUGGGGCUUCCUUACCUGCAAUCUCGUUUAGCUGUUGUAGAAAAAAACCUACUCGAAGAGCGAAAAGCCAAGGGGGAAGCACAAAAAAACCUCUCAGAGAAGAACGCGGAAUUGUCUAAUCUACACCAACGGCUGAACCUGGAUAAACCUGGGGUGAACGGCUCACCAAAAGUGACCGUUGAGCGCUCUUUGCCUGCCCGACGGUUUCGUCCCUCAUAG